UGCGCUCUCAUUGUAGCAGUACAUCACAAGGUCAAGUGGACUUUAUCACACUUUAAAGACACACGCCAACACUUCCGGCUUGAAAUGAAGUGCUGCUGACAGUUAUUCAGACUUACACAAGGAAUGCAUGGAGCUGCCAUACUCAUCCACUUAGGUGAAACAAUAUGUCCAAUUCAACAAACUCAAAUGCUGAUAGUCUGGACAGUAUCCACUACAGUCUCAUUGGCAUCUCUGUUCUCGCCAUACUCACCAUGCUUUUCUUUGGCAUCCUGUGGUUCAAAAAAUAUCAAUCGCUGAAUAAGACCAUACGGCACCUUAGACAGGGAAAGUCCAUGACCGCUCCUCCCCAAGACUCCACUCCCCUGUCUCCCAUCUCUCCUCAAUCAGUGUUGGUGAUGCCACCAUUAGGCAAUUCGGAAGAAACACGCCUACAAACACAGAAAAGCAGACAGAGUGUUCGAUUACUGUGGAAACCAUCACAACAGAGCCCACGGGUUACGAGGACAGACCUGAACCUGAUGCAGCUGAUCAAGGCUGGGAGGGAAGGCGCGUUCUACAAAGCAAGGAUGUUGCGGGGAACCUGCAAAGGUCACUCACUUGUCACUUGCAAGAUUGCAAAAGAAGGAGUCACUUCAAAGCAAAUUGAGACUGAAGUGUCUAUUAUGAGGAAGCUGGUAUAUCAUAAGAAUGUGCUUCAGCUGCUGGACUGGAACGCUGCUGAGGAGCCCUUCUUGUUGAUCAUGGAGUUUGUGAGUUACGGGACCCUGCGCAGCUUUGUGCAGACACAUCAUGACAAGCUGAGUGCUGACCCUGAGAUCCAGAACCUUUUCGCCAUCGCCUCCUAUCACAUCGCUCUGGCCAUGGAACACUUGCGCUCCAAAAUGGUGGUACACUGUGACCUUGCUUUAAGGAAUAUUCUGGUGAGCCGUUUCCCCUGGGAAAUCAAAGUAGCUGAAUUUGGUCUGGCCAGAGACUUGACGCGUAUGAGAAGUAGACGCAGCACCAGGAAAAAGCACCACAGGGAACGAGUGCCCUUGCGCUGGUAUCCUCCUGAAUAUUUCCGCAACAGCUACUACAGCUUCAAGGGAGAUGUGUGGGCUUUUGGUAUCGUGUUAUGGGAAAUGCAGACAUUUGGUAGUCUGCCCUAUCCCAAUUUGGAGACUUCAGAUCAAGUAGUGUAUCACAUUUGUGCUGGAACCAGAAACGUAGGACCUGACAGCUGCCGUCCAGAGAUACUGCAGAUAAUGAAGGACUGCUGGGUGGAGCCUUAUACAGCCAGACCCUCCUUUACUGACCUGGUCAGAAUUUUGGAGAGUAUAAUUGAGAAUGAUUCGGAUUAUGUGGAUGUUGUAGACCAAAAAUCUAUUAGUACAGCAGAAGACUGAAUAUUCAACAUCGUAGUAAUGUUGAGGAUCAGUGUCUUUUCCUGCUGGCCUACAAAAGGAGUCACCUGAUCGCACUAAUGAGUUUACAUUGUUAACAUGGCUAGGACCUGCCUGAUAAAACUUUGGUUGGAUGUCAAGCGUCCACUUCUCACCGGACAACCAUGCAUUUUGAAGUCUUGCUGCACAGUUCAACAGUUUGGAGACUUUUUAUUUAUGGGUGUUUUCACACUUGGUCUCAGAUUGAUGAGUCUGUUUUUUGCCUGCGUGAACACAACAAAUGAACUCGGGCCCCUUUAAAAUAGCCCACAAGUGAACUGUGCUCAGACCAGAUCUAGAGAUUCAUUUUGUCAUCCACUUGAUUCAUGUCUUGUGAAAACAAAGUGGUCCCAGUCCGCUUUGCAUUUGCUUUAUGGCUAAAGAAUUUGAAGCUUCCUGCCCAUAUGUAGCUGUGCUUUUCUCUCACCUCACAGAUAAAAAAAAAAAAAACAACAACAAAAAAACAAGUGAGAAAUACUUUAAAGACUGCCAUUAUGGUCUUGUGGACCCCCAUCAAUGUUAAGUGGUGUUGGGUAGCAACAUGACAGAUGAUCUAAUAGACUUAAAGAAGCAUUGUGGCAUUAGCAACUAUGCUGUUGAGGUUACAUAGUUAGGCAGCGGUAGUAACAAUAAUAAUGUGAACAAUAGUUCCUGUACAGUGUAUUGCUUUUGUAAUAAAGUGUGUUGUAUGUAGU